AUGGAGGACGUCGCAGCUAAGGAUUUUAAGGCUCACGGCGACCACGACGAUAGCAAUCGCAUCCACAAAAUCCGCGUCACCCUGACCUCGAUGAACCUCAAGGCCAUCGAAAAGGCGUGCAAGGAGCUCAUCAACGGUGCCAAGGAGAAGGACCUCAGGGUUAUGGGCCCCGUCAGGAUGCCCGUCAGGACCCUUCGUAUUACGACCCGCAAAUCGCCCGUCGGUGAAGGUACCAACACCUGGGACAGGUUCCAGGCCCGCGUGUACAAGCGCGUCAUCAGCCUCCACUCGUCCAGCGAGGUUGUCUGCCAGAUUACCUCGUUCCCUCUGGACCCCGGGGUCGAUGUAGAGGUUACCAUCUAA